AUGGAUCUAAAACUCACCUGGGCAUCCCUGCUCUUCUGUCUGAUUACACAGAUGAAUUGUUUGUCUUACCUGACAAAACAAGAUCAAGCUUUGCUGUCUGAUCAGCCGGAUCCAAAAUGUUUUACUACAGAUUUAACAGACUUUACUUGCUUCUGGGAGUCACUUGGAGACAAAUCAUAUGAUUUCGUUUAUACCAUAGAUAAUGAUGAGACCAGUUCUACAUGUAAUAUAAGUCAGCAAGAAACAGAGGAGGGUGAAGUCCUCCACAUCUGCUUCUUUCUGCCUGCUGAUGUUUACAUGUUUGUCCCCGUGGACAUCAAAGUGAAGGACAAAGACACAAACACAACCAUCUACAACAGCACUCUUCAUGUGGAGGACCAGGUGUUACCAAAUCCUCCAUCAAAUGUAUCUCUGCAUCCUACUGGAGCUGCAGGAGAAAUGCUGGUUAGGUGUCAUGUAACAAAUCCAUUAAACACAAAGAAAAUACUUUACGAGCUUCGAUACUCCUCAAACGAAUCACCAGACGAAGUGGUUCAGCUGUCAAGCUCCAAGUGUGAACAUAAGCUGCCCUCCUUGGUGCCAGGACAGAUGUGCACUUUACAAAUGAGAAUUAAACUUGGCCUGCAUUCUGACGGACACUGGAGUGACUGGUCAGCUCCGGUUUCAGCCAUGGUUGCUCAGUCAGCAGAUGAUAUUGAAUUACAGUGCCACACAUCAGAUCUGCACCAAGUCCAGUGUCACUGGAAAGAAGGACUUUAUGGAGAAACCAGCUUUUAUUACAAACAAAAAAACAGAGAUGAUUGGGAUAAUUGGAAGAUUUGUGGACAGAGAAGCACCUCUGGAAUCCAGUGUGUCCUCUAUGGGGAGGAGCAGACCAUCUUUGAAGUUUAUGUCACUGCACAGUCUGAGCACUAUAACCGAACCUUUUACAUGAACCCGUUCACGAUGAACAAAAGCAUCAAGACAGACGCUCCACAAGGUCUAAAAGAGGAAAUGGAUGGAGGGAGGCUUUGUCUGAGCUGGAUCUCUCCUCUCCAGCAAAUAUCCCAGCACUUGAUGUAUCAAGUCCGAUAUCAGCUCCAAGGAGAGACUGAGUGGAAGCUUUUUACAGUGGAAAGUCCGAAGACCAAGGCUUGCCUAGACGUGCAGGUGAGUGGACAAUAUGCCAUCCAAGUAAAGGCGAUGCCCAACGGAUCGUUCUACAGCGGGCACUGGAGUGCUUGGUCUAAAGCUCUUAUGGUACAGUUGCCCUCAAACACAGGGCUGCUGUUCAUUGCAAUUAUUCCAUUUUUCCUGCUCAUCGGUUCCAUCGCGCUCAUCACCACCUUCCCAAGAUACGUUGGUAAGCUAAAGCAGUUUCUGUGGCCACCAGUUCCAGACCUUAACGACAUGCUGGAGAGCUUCCUGAAAGAUAUCAGUGGGCGAGACUGGGAGCCCAAGAUCAGCAACAAGCUGUGUGAUGAUGACAUACCAGCAUCUGUGGUGGAGAUAAUGCCAUCAAAGGAGUUCCAGAUCAUGAGCAAACCAUCCAACUGCCCUUAUUACCCAGUAGGAUGUACCUUGGCUGAUCUUGGUACUGGAGAACAUUCUGCAGACAGGAUGGAGAUGAACCGGGAGUAUGUGACUAUAAAAAUAAACAACGCCCUAAUAUACCCGACCGGGAACGACUACGUGUACACAGUGAACGACCAGCUCGAGGAUCGACUGUGCUGUUGCUCUUCAUGCUGCUCUGUCGCUUUACCAGCGUCCACCAACCUCCUGAACCAGUCGUAUCUUCAGGCUGAGCUGGGAGGCAUCCACACUCCGACCGGCUACACCAACCUGGAAAACACAGGAACGAUUAAGGCCGAGUGA